AAGCAUAUUCCAGUUCAAAAAGGGCAGUCCAUAUAUGUCAUCACAAACAAGAAGAUCGCCAGAACGCGUUGAGUAAGUGGCUUUGUGGCCCGCCGGAAAUUUCAGCUGCUGGGAUUUCCUCCGCAAUGGGGCAUGAUGAGUUCCCCCAGUGUCGACAUAAGCUGGCCUACUCGGGUUCCACGGUAAGAGGAUUGAGAUUCACCUCAAGGCCGUGGCCGUGAUAAGCAUGAUGGUUUAUGUGCUUGGUUGGGGCUGCUCUGGGUUUGUUCAGACAGCUGCUAAUGCUAGGGGGAGGAAACUGCGAUAUGCACAAAACGUUACAAGGUGUGGCUUGUAAGUAAAGGAUCGCUGCAUGGCUGCACCGGACAAAGACUAGCAGCUCUCAGGGGAUGCUUGAUAGCGGAUGGCUUCUUCACUUGCGGCGGUCAUGAACGCCCAGAAGUCCCAACAAACUGCCUUAGAACUGCCUUUCAUUGUUGUUUUGAGUACCUUUAGCGCUCCUCAAGUUGUCCUUGAUUAUCGGGUAGGUUGUUUUCCCAGUUCAUAGGUACUGCACAACCUCAACCUGGAAGAAAGUGAGGAGUGCUUGUAUCAGAACAAAGAUCAAGGGCGAUGGUAGGGUGUUGAGAAAGCAGUGUUUUGGUAUAUUCAAACCUUGUUGAUUGAUCAGAACGGGCAUAGAGCAAAGGAAUUCAUCGAUUUGAGUUGCAUACAAUGCAGUGGGAAUGGUCCUUUGAAUGAAUGAAUUUGCAUUCGUUGUAUGCGUGCCGUGGCAGCAGUGGGAGUUGAGUGUGACUGCUCCAUGGCGCCUGCUGCUGUUCUUGCUUGCAUUUGUUUUUCUGGAUGCGAACAACCGCAGAUUGUUAUGUUGAGUUGAGAUUCCCGGCGCAUUGCAGGCCAUUGUAAGUUUUGUCCUGCCUGCGUCUUGCAUGAAAUGGUUCCUUGCGCCUGUUCCUGUGUUCAACAUAUUGCUUAUCCGCUGAACCCAACACCGCCUUCGCACUCACGGCCAUUACUUUCCCAGAUUCGUUCGGCAUCUUUGCCUCACUUACUUAAAGUUUUGCGCCUUGUUUCGAUAGCUAAACUCACAGAUAUUCCGCACGGGUCAGAGACAGCUCUGAUUCUGCAACAUUUGGCAUAGUUCCGCAGGCACGCAUACCAUCAGGGCGCAACUACAAGCUGAGGCAGUGGAAUUCGAGCGGACAACUAGCUCGGUUGAGUGAAGCAACAGACAACUUUUCCGUUCAUCUCAAUAUUCUAACCCGCUUCAGGUUCACAUCCGUCAAGCACAGUGAAGAUGCUGGGUGCACGCGCACGUGCGGCGGAGUACAAUGCUGCCAAAGCGGCCUCUGCAAGACAAGCCUCGCGUGAAGCUGAGGAACAGAAGCUGCCGCCAAAACCAGUGCCCAUCUCUCUGAGCGCAUUCACCAAGAACACUCAGCCAAACCGCAACAAGGGUGCCAAAGCCUACGUGCCUCUGGUCCUGGAAGAUACACCUGAAGGCAACAAACAGGGUCUUGACGAAGAGAAGGAUGAAAGCAUGGCUGCAACACCAACUCACCAAGCUCAUGCCGUCGAUCGUGGCCCUGCUUCUCAAGAGGUCGAGACUCCUCUAGGCCCUCGAAACCCUCAGCCUGUUCGGGCCGCUCCAGCAGUUCCAGCACAAACCGCGCCCAAAGCGAUGAUUGCCUCAGCGGCGGAAGCAACACAAGGACUUGCCAAUGCCACACCGUACCACAUUCAGCCUCAUUCCACCUUCACACAGUCUCAAGAAACCGUUCCGCUCAGUGUAAACAGUUCUCCGGGUGCACCGCAUGGUACUUCAGCAUACCCAGCUUAUAUCCCACCGAGACCAUUGCUUGGUAACACCAUGGGCCCCUCCGACAUAAGUCCCUCAAAGCAAGAGCACAAAUUCGCCAUGCUGUCUCAAAAGUACAUACACCCGCACAUGGUGACUGGAGCGACUCCUCAUCUGUACCCGGCAACACCAAGCAUGCAAGGAAGAUCUUCAAUGGUCACUGAUCCAUAUGCGGCCGCAACUCCGGGAUGGAACGCCAACCAGCCGUUCAGUGGGUUCGAACAGAUGCCCAGUCAGCGUCAGAUCUUUCAGAACUUCAACUCUGACGAAAUCUUGUCUGCUCCACCCGCUCGAGAGCCACGCAUCGCUUCUCCCAUGCAUAAUGCCGCUCUUGCUGUUGGUUCUUCUGCUGCAAACACCGACGACUCCUUCCCGCCACCGGCAGCCGCUGAAGAGACCACGGCAGAAGUGGCCACUCUACGGUUGCUACGUCUGACGGUGGCAACACCUGACGAUGAGCCUUAUGAUCGCAACAGCAAGAUGCAGAAUUUUGUGGCGGCCCAGCAGGCACUGGCAAAGACAGGCAAAACGGUUUUGCACAAUCCCGAGUUGCAUCGUGUCAAAGCUACCGCAGGAGGUGGGCCUGCACCAACGGACGCCAUCGCCACGGCUCUCGAACAUCAAGUCAAGGCUGAAGCCAAGAAAAACGAUGACGGGCAGAUAUCUCGAGCUUUGCUGAGGCCUCCCCCGGGAUUUGAGUUCAAAGCAGAUGGAAUACCUACCUUAGCAGUCUUGCGCGAAGGUGAAGCAAGCGACCCGUCCCCCAUGGAUAGCGAGACACUUCGAAAAGAGUUUGCGGUUGGCACGGAUGAUUGGCUUGAGCUGAGGCCAGUGACGCGGAGCGAACGCUUGAAGAUGAACAAGGCCAUGAGACUUUGCAGUACGACUAUGCAAGCAGAUGCCCCUAAAGCGCUGGUCGCGCAAGGACAGGAUAGGCGCGCUAAGCUGCUCCGAGAGCCUGAGGUGGACAAGGCCAGUGACCAUGGUGGGAUGAAGAUGUGGGAACAGAUCGCCGAAGAUCACGUCGCCGACCGACUUGCCAAGUCACCGGGGGGUGAUGAGGUUAUGGGUGCUGGCCCUUCGAAAUUGGACGUGGAAAAAGCAUCAAUUCUCAAAGUCGGACAGAUAUGGAACAAUCUGGCAAGCCACACCGCAUCAGAUGCCACCAGUGCAGACAAUGACGCUUUCCCACCGAAAUACAAGCCCGCCCCGGAGUAUGCCAUCGAGAGAGGUCAUCUGCUCAGUGGCGAAUCAGGAAGCACCAGCUUCUUUGAGGAGGACACGGGUGGGUUCUACAACGCUCCGAGCCGCAUCGCGAGAGACCCGAGAUUCCGCCCAACAGGAAAGGAAGGCUUCAAGUCAAAGUCAGAAGAGGAUUGGAAGCAUCGGUCUGAUAUGUACGGACGACGACGAUUGUGAAUGGAGAAGAGACAAAACAUGGAUGGAUAUCAUCAUGUCUGAAGGACGCCGCCGAGACGUGGAGGUGGUCUCUGGGAUAAGGAACAAUGUCCACGGUGUCUACACGGCAAACAGGUCCAAAGAAAGCUAGGGACCAAAGAUGUACGGUAGUUUCAUGGCUUCAUCGUUGCCACGAUGAGACAAACAAACUUGAACAGUGCGAGUUCCUUUUAUUAAUGGCCUGA